AUGUUAAGUUACAAGGUCUCUCUGCUACUAUAUGGCCUGCUUCUAUGCAGUGCCAUUGCUCCCCUUCCAGUCAUCAGCAGAAAGACGCAAAACAAAAACAGUGUAUUGAUCGGGACUAGAUGCAAAUCCUGGGACAAGAGGGAGGUCACUGCUGGAGAUGGAGAAUAUCUGAAGGGUAUCAAGAGAAUUAGAAGGCUGUACUGCAAUGUGGGCAUCGGCUUUCACCUACAGGUUUUACCAAAUGGGAAGAUCACAGGUGUACAUGAUGAGAACAGUUACAGCAUUCUGGAAAUUUCUCCUGUGGAGAGAGGAGUGGUGACUUUGUUUGGAGUGAUGAGCCAUCUCUUCAUUGCCAUGACUGAGAGAGGGCAACUGCAUGGAUCAGAUCACUACAGUGAUGAAUGCAAGUUUAAAGAGAGCCUCCUGGACAACAACUAUAAUGCCUAUGAAUCAUCAGCCCACCCUGGCAUGUACAUUGGCCUAAGUAAGACUGGCAAAGCCAAAAGAGGUAACCGGAUCUCACCGACUAUGACCAUGACACACUUUCUUCCCAGGAUUUGA